UUUAUUUUGGUAGACUCUCGCCCCCGGUCGUCUUCAUCAGUUUAUCGCAAUUAAAAUAGUGAAAUUAGGCGAUUUAUUGGGGUAAUAAUGUCUGCACCAAGAGCUCUGCCCCAGAGCAAAGAAGCUCUAUUGAAAUCCUACACGACAAGACUCAAAGAAGACGUAAAGUCAAUGCUAGAGAAUUUUGAAGAAAUUAUAAAAUUGGCUAAAGGAGAGAAUGACUCGCAGUUGUCUAGGAUGACUCAGUGUGAACAAGACACUUACGAAAUGCACGUGAGAGCUGCUAAUAUCGUGAGAGCUGGCGAGUCCCUCAUGAAACUUGUGUCUGAUAUCAAGCAAUAUCUGAUUCUCAACGAUUUUCCAUCUGUUAAUGAUGCCAUUGCGACAAAUAGCAAAUUGUUCAGGCAGAAACAGGCUGAGUGCGAUCAGAAACUGGCUGCUUUGAGGGACGACAUGGCUGCUGAUCUGUAUGAUUUGGAGGAGGAGUAUUACACGUCUAUUUAUAAAUGAUUUUGAACGAUUUAGGUAUUCAAGUGUUGAAGAAUUUAAUGGGAGACACUAGCACUUUCUGUGGGAAAUUCUAUUGAAUUUUUAUUGGAAGGCUACGAGAAUUAUUCUAUUUCAAUAGAUUUUUUGAGAGAGAAAAGUCUAGACGUUGAUUUUUCUAAGAGAAUUCUGGGACAUGAACUUUCCAAGUUUUUAAAUAAACUAUUGAAAGGAUUUAUGAAUUAUUUAGGUAUUUGUAAUUGAAGAAUUCUAUAGAAAAAUCGAGAAGUCUCCAAAAAAUUCAUUAGAAAGUGCUAGAUCUUUCAAUUAAAUUUUUACCUCAGGUAUUGAUUUACAUUGGAUCGUUGGAGAGGCUUCCCAAAUCGAAUUCGAAGAUCUCGUCCUUUUUCAUUGAUUCACUGUCAUUUUUGUUGAUAUUUAACGUCGCCCACAUGUGUAUAAUAUAAGUAUUUUAGGUACAAUAAUGUAAUAAAUAUUUUUGACAUGAA